GUUUGAUGACAAGACGCGAGUGCAUUUUGUUUUCCAACAAGGGUUUUGUAUCGUUACUGUGACCUUUAUUUCGAGUCAAAAGAGAAGUGUUUUCUAUCACCGAACACAGAAUGUCUCCGAAACUUUCAUGUUGAUUUACUUGAAAAUAUUUCUGAUUGCCAUCGUCGAACUCAUGAUCUAUUUUUUUUCUUUUAAAAUUAAAAUCGUGUAUUCUUCCGAUAUUUAAGUUAUCAUAGUGAAUAUAAAUGUUGUGAAACAGAUAAGCCGAAACAAUUUUUAAUAUGGAAUAUCAUUAUUCCGAUCUCUGUAUACCGACGGAUCAUCUGCUAACUGGUCCAUAUACCGCAGAAUAUGCUCCGCAAUAUAUGGUACCAAACCAAGCAGCGGAGUAUGAGGUGCGGGCCAGUGUGCUGGUUGACGGUGGUGACAGAUUUGGGGUGUCUGCUGUUGUGUUUGAUAAGUACGAAGAGCUGAUAUGGAUGGGGAAUCAGGGGGGUCACGUAACAUCCUACUAUGGACCCGCCAUGCAAAAAUAUACAUCAUUUCAAGUGCAUGAAUCUGAAGAGGUACGAGAUAUAAUAACUGUUGAAGGAGGUAUAUUUGCUCUGACUAAAACAGCUUUACGACACCAAAUACGCCGAGGUAUACCCAAACGCACAUACAAGUCACCCAACAUGACAGACAUGCAGUGUCUUUUCCAUGUAAACUCUUCUAAAUUAUUGAUGGGUGGUCACCAAAAUAAACUUAUAGAUCUCGACAUUACUAAAAUGGUAGAAAAUGUGAUUCCAAUCCAAGAGGAAGGCUGUGCAGUACUCCGUAGCGGCGGCGGUUCGCUAGUAGCAUGCGGCAGUGCUAACGGUAUGGUGGCCUUGAGAGACCUACGGACACCAUGCUCAGCUGAACACACGUUCAGAGCUCAUUCUGCUUGUCUGUCCGACCUGGAUAUGCAAGGAGAUCUACUUAUAACUUGCGGAUUUACACAGUCUGUGGGCAUGGCUGUAGCUGAGCCAUACGUGUUAGUGUGGGACGUUCGUCGCGUGCGGAACGGGUUGAUGGACGCCGCGUGGUCGCUAACCACGGCGAGCCCGCCGCUGUUGCUUCACUUUCUGCCAGCCUUCUCUGGGAGAGCUGUGGCGCUGUCUGGCGAUGGACAUGUUGCGUUGUUACAUGUCAACGCUCCUAAUGCCGCUGACCAUUCUGUGUUUCAGGUCGACACCCACAGUUCCGUAUGUAGUGUUAUGGACGUGUCUUCAACUAGUCAAGCGUUAGUAUUUGGGGAUCAAGCAGGGCAUUUGAACUUAUUUUCUCCGCAACACAAUCAUGAGCCAGUGUUCAAUAACUUCUCAAGAGCUACAGAGUUUGCGGAUCCAGUUGUAGGUUUACCGUACGUCGGAUUUAGCGACACGACCUUCCAAUACUCUACUGUUCCGCUGCCCCCUCUGUCAACUGGCAGUAAGUGGUUCAACCAGCUGCCAGAAGAAUUCUUCAAGAAGGUUUACAGGAAACCUAAACCAAUCGAUCCCGAAGUACUGAAAUCUAUGAAAAUGCAAGGCCCUAUUGGAUACUCACCAAACCCUCGAACGUUCAAAAGGAAUCAGAUACCAUAUGUCCAGGAUAAUUUAGAAGAUUUGCAAGCCGCCAAACAAAGUGAAAAUAAAUCGACUGCUCAACCGAUACCCAAGCAUUAUCAAAAGAUCGAAUUACAUUACAACAAACACGGUCCGAACGAGGAGAUAGAGAAAUGCAACAAAACAGGUCUUCCGGGAUUGGAGGCAACUGUUCCUAAUUCUUAUUGUAAUUCUAUGCUACAGGUAUUAUAUUACACAUUGCCGGUAAAGGCGACUCUCUUAGCGCAUACAUGUGCCAAAGAAUUUUGUCUCAGUUGCGAAUUGGGCUUCCUUUUCAGAAUGCUAGACACAUCAGGCGGGGCGCCUUGCCAAGCGAACAACUUUCUCCGCGCGUUCCGCACUGUGCCCGAAGCGGCCGCGUUAGGGCUGAUCCUGCCCGACCGGGGAGCUGAUUCCAGGGUUGAUUUAAUUGCCUUGAUACAGAGCUGGAACCGGUUCAUUCUUCACCAAAUCCACUACGAGAUUCUAGAGACUAGAAAGAAAGAGAAAGCACUACUAGUCAACAGUCCGCCGAAGACAGUGCGGAUACCGAACGUCCCUAAGAUGAAAAUGAUGGCUCCCAUCAAUGGGCAGUACCAAGAGGAAUACCAGUAUACAGAGUUGGAGUUCUUAGGGCCGGCUACUGAGUUUGAGUGUCAAGAAGAGCUGAGAGAAGAUGGAUGGACUGGUAGAGAAGAUGGUGCGGGUGAUGCCGACACAGUACCGGUUGACAACCACGAGCUGCCGAACAACCAGCAGGCUGACAGGGAGGAGUCCGAAAUAUCUCAGCUGUUCGCCAUCAGCAGACACCAGCUCAAUAGAUGUAUGAAGUGUAAUAAGGAGGAGGGCCGUGAGUCGGUAGUGCUGGCGUGCGCGCUGCAGUACCCGGGCGCGGCGCGCGAGGCGGGCGCGGCGCGCGGCUUCCUGGAGCUGCUGCGCGCCUCGCUGGCGCCGCGCCGCAGCACGCCCGCCUGGUGCGACUCCUGCGCCAGGUUCACGCCCACGCUGCAGCGGGGCAGGAUCGUCAGGUUACCACCAAUAUUAGCCAUAAACUGUGGAGGUGCGACAAUCCGAGAAAAAUCUUACUGGGUGAAAGGUACACAGAAAGAAACGCCGGAACCCAAACGCGGGGGUGGGGGUAAGCCGUGUCGGUAUGGAUUACACUGUGCGAGACCAGGCUGUCACUUCAAACAUCCUGAGAGGCCAACUGCCCAAGCGGGCUCAUCAAAGAACCCAGGGCAGGAGUCGCAGUGUGUACUACCGCAGCAGUUACUUAUUAGAUUGCAAUCAGAUGGUGAUGUCGUUAUUAACGAAAAGGCUGAAACCCCACCAGAACCUCUGACACCUAACAGAGGGGCUGACAAAAACAAGAAAAAGCCCGUUACUACUCAAUCCGAAGAGGAAUAUACUUUGUCUGCGGCAGUCAUUUGUGUUGAGGACAACCCUAAAAACUUAGUCGCGUAUAUUCAGACCGCGGCGAGAGACGUAGAACCUGUUUGGUAUCUGUUCAAUGAUUUGAGCAUCGUGCCAGUGAGCGUGGAGGAGGUGGUCCAGUUCGGCGCGUGGUGGAAGACGCCCUGCGUGGUGCUGUACACGGCCGCCACCACCCCUCAGCCACAGCCACCCUCAUAGCCUACGCUCAUGUAUGGACCCUAUGGACAGAGUGCCAUGGCAGGUCCAUACAUGAACGAGAUGUAUUACCCCGCUCCGCAGGCGCACUACAGCUACGUUCAAUAAUUCCAUUAAAUUAAGCCCAAGUCAAUGUUCCGCGCACAAAAUUGUGUGAACAAAUGUUUUGAACUACUUACUACGUGUAAAUUGUGGACUAUUGUAAAUAUAUAACAUUUUUAGGUGUAUUACGAUGUUUAAAUCUUAUUGUCACUCGUUUUAUGACGACACACAUCCUAUAAAAUAGUUGAACGGUCGAUAUUGCUACGAUACACGUGCAUCAGUUGGAAAGAACAUCCUUUCGACAUAGAAAUAAGGUUCACUUUCGGUAAAUUAAGGUGUUGAGCAUACGAUGUACCAUUUGUUCUCGAAACAGAAUCGAACAAAUGCGAGUCGUGUGGUAACUGACUUAAAUACAAUGUUGUAAAUUUGAUAAGUGUUAGUAUAAUAAUGACAUAAUUAUAUUAUUGUAUUCAAAUACAGUAAUGAAUCGAUUUGAGACUGCUUACGCAUGAACUGAUGGCGCGAAAUAAUGUAAAUUUUAUUUUAGUUAUGAAAUGAAGCUUUUAUAUUCAUGCAGAUUCUACUCUACGACGGUUGUACUAUCUCAAACUAUUAUUAUUUAUACUAUAGAUAGGGUUCGAAGACAAUUUUUGCUUGCUAUUAAGCAAACAUUAUAAUUAAUAGAAAGACAGAUUGUAUUGGUUAUUAAUUUCGAGCGUUAUUUCGCAAAAUUGCUUAAAUAUAGUCCAUAACUCAUAGUAGUUUCUUAACGAUAAACUUAUUACGGAUAUAUGUAUUCCUCAGCCUAAUACCAUAAAAAUAUCUACCUCAAAACAUAUUCCGUUACUGUACAUAUGUAUUAUAUAUUAUUAUACAAAUAUAUAUUAAUAAAAACUCUUAAUGUUUUCUGUUAAAUAGUGAAAUUAUUUUAAUCGGUCUUUGUCGUGAACUUAAUAUUGUUAUUUACGAUCUCUUUUGUCUACUUGAUCUACCUUCAUAUUUCCAUGACCGAAAGGUUUUUAUAAAAUUUAAACUAAUUUCCGGUUUGUAAUGGCCAGUGGUCUAUAGUAUUAAAUUGAUGGAAAGGCUAAUUGACUUGAAUAUGAACAUAGAUUAAGUAGCCGAUUACAGACGUAACGUAUUAUGUAUUUUUUACUGAAUACAAUCUGUUAUAUUAGAAACCGAAAUGCUGCUGGAUAAAAGUCGAUUAAAAUAGUUAUAUCAAUUAAAUAUUGUAAUACCCACUCCACGCAUAGUUGUCAAUGUUCGCACCAACGUUGGUCAAAUAUGUUGACAAUUGGAUAUCUGACUAAAAUAUCUAAUUAAUGAGGAUGAUGCUCUAAGUAGAAAUCUCGUGCCGUCACUUAUCAGUACAACUGCUUUUUACCGACAAGUGACGUUAUUCGCUCAUUUCCAUACUUUAUAGUACCAUUGAUGCGCUUUUUUUAUUUUAUUCAUCAAAAUACUUGUUUAUUUUAAUCUAUCUGACGGAUUAAUUAGAUUUUAUAAGUGAAAUGUCUUAAAAGCGUUUUUCUUCUAAAAAUAAAACCAACACGCUGUGACCGACCAAUGCUUGUCCAAUCGUUGGUGCCAAAAUGUUGGACGACUGGAGUUGGGCUAUAUGAAGCUGGCCUAAGGUUUGAGAUGGUUCAGCCGUAAAUACGUAUUUUUAUAUUAAAUAAAAUGUCGCUAAAAAGAAUUAUAUUAACUUGAUUGUUCUAGUUGUUUGAUAGUUACAAGUAAUGCUGAAUGUCCACUAUUACAUUGUUUUUGUUACUUGCUUUCUUAAUUUAUUGAUGUAUGUUUUGUAAUCCAUACGAUUGGUCAUCUGUAGGUAUGGGUAACUGAUUUGAAUUCCUGCUUUCUGAUUUAUGUCAAUUAAAGCUAUUCACGUCUCAACAAUAGGAAUUCUCGAUCGUUUUUAUCUUUUUAAAUGUUAAUAAUGAUCGUCCUACUUUAUUAAUUUUGUUGCUUUCUUUAA